AUGAUCAUGAACAUAAUAAUAUGGAACUGCAGGGGUGCUUUAAAGCCUUCCUUCCAAACCCAUGUUCGGGAGCUGGUGCACAAUCAUAAUCCGGCUAUUCUAGUCCUAAUGGAGACAAAAGUUGGAGGUGAGAGAGCUAGGGAGAUUUCGGGUAGGCUGCCAUUUGAUAAUGCAAUCCACACGAAUACUGUUGGGUAUGCAGGCGGUCUAUGGAUGCUAUGGAAUUCUGAUAGAGUGGAAGUCACCUCAUUAGCCAACACAGAGCAAGAGAUUCACACCAUCAUCAAGGUAAUGAAUUCUGACUCUUGUUGGUUAUUUACAGCUGCUAGUCCUAAGAGUGCCGAAAGACACAUAUUGUGGGAUAAUUUAAAUAAAGUAGCAGAGUUGCAUAAUAUGCCUUGGGUUUUGGCGACUAAUUUUAAUGAACCCUUGUUAGACGAUGACAAAUUUGGGGGUAGGGCUGUUAGUAUUAAUAGAUCCCUUCAUUUCAAAGAUUGUCUAGAUAACUGUAACAUGAUGGAUAUUGGCUUCUCUGGGCCUCGUUUUACUUGGACUAACAAAAGGGAAGUGCAAGCCCUUAUCCAAGAGAGGAUAGACAGGUUCUUUGUCAAUCCGAAUUGGUGUCUAUUAUUUCCUGAAGCUAAAGUUGUCCACCUCACAAGAUGUCACUCUGAUCAUUGUCCAGUUCUUCUUGAAUUAACCCCUGCAUCCCGAGGAGCAAGGAAAAGGCUUUUUAAGUUUCAAACUUGCUGGUUGACAGACCUCACUUUUCCGAAGGUCGUCUCACAGGCUUGGGAGCAAACUCAUAGCCUUGCUGAAGUUGUAGAAAAGUUCACCAAAGAUGCUGGCCUUUGGAACAAGGUUCAUUUUGGAAACAUUUUUGCUAAAAAUAAGAAUAUAAAGGCUAGAUUGAACGGUAUUCAGCGAGCAGUGUCAGUUAAGCCGUCAUCUUUUCUUCUUAAUCUCGAGCAAGAUUUACUAAAGGAGCUUGAUCUGAUUCUGAGGCAAGAGGAGGAGCUGUGGACAAUGAAGUCGCGAGUCAACUGGAUGAUUCAAGGGGAGCGAAAUACAGGUUUUUAUCAUGCCUCAACGCUGAUUCGAAGGAAGCGAAAUCAGAUCUUGGCCAUCAAAGAUGCAAUGGGGGAGUGGAUUUAUGAGGAGGCGGAAGUUAAGGCUUUUAUUAGAAAUGGAUUCAAUGAUAUUUACACAACUUCUCUAUCUAGUGUUUCUCGGUCAGAGGCCUACUCCACCCAAUGGCAAGCUAGUCUUACAGAGGAGGAAAAGGCCAAUAUUAGUGGGGGGGUAUCGGAUGCAGAGGUUAAAUAA